CUGUCACUCAUUCUCCGCUCAGCGCGUGAACGCAGCUCGGCAGCCGCUGGCAGGAAACAAUUCUGCAAAAAUAAUCAUACUCAGCCUGGCAAUUGUCUGCCUCUAGGUCUGUUGCUCCAACGCCGUCCACACUCGCUGCAAGGAGGUGGGGCACAGAAUUCACCGCGGCACGAACACCCUUCCCAGCCAGCAGAUUACAAUGCUGCAAACUAAGAAUCUCAUCUGGACUUUGUUUUUCCUGGGAACCGCAGUUUCUCUGCAGGUGGACAUUGUUCCCAGCCAGGGGGAAAUCAGCGUUGGAGAGUCCAAAUUCUUCCUGUGCCAAGUGGCAGGGGAUGCCAAAGACAAAGACAUCUCUUGGUAUUCCCCCAACGGAGAAAAGCUCACCCCGAACCAGCAGCGGAUCUCAGUGGUAUGGAAUGACGACUCCUCCUCCACCCUCACCAUCUACAACGCUGACAUCGAUGACGCUGGCAUUUACAAGUGUGUGGUCACCAGCGAGGACGGCAGCGAGUCGGAGGCUACGGUCAACGUGAAGAUCUUCCAGAAGCUCAUGUUCAAGAACGCACCAACCCCCCAGGAGUUCAGGGAGGGGGAAGACGCCGUGGUCGUGUGUGAUGUGGUCAGCUCCCUGCCCCCAACCAUCAUCUGGAAACACAAAGGUCGAGAUGUCAUCCUGAAAAAAGAUGUCCGAUUCAUAGUCCUGUCCAACAACUACCUGCAGAUUCGGAACAUCAAGAAAACAGAUGAGGGCACUUACCGCUGUGAGGGGAGGAUCCUGGCACGGGGGGAGAUCAACUUCAAGGACAUUCAGGUCAUUGUGAAUGUGCCCCCCACCGUCCAGGCCCGGCAGAGCAUAGUGAACGCCACCGCCAACCUCGGCCAGUCCGUCACCCUGGUGUGCGAUGCCGAAGGCUUCCCGGAGCCCACCAUGAGCUGGACAAAGGACGGGGAACAGGUGGAGAAUGAAGAAGACGACAAGUACUUCUUCAGUGACGACAGCUCGGAGCUGACCAUCAGGAAGGUGGACAAGAAUGACGAGGCCGAGUAUGUCUGCAUCGCUGAGAACAAGGCUGGAGAGCAGGACGCGUCCAUCCACCUCAAAGUCUUCGCAAAACCCAAAAUCACUUACGUAGAGAACCAGACCGCCAUGGAGCUGGAGGAGCAGGUCACCCUAACCUGCGAAGCCUCGGGAGACCCCAUUCCCUCUGUCACCUGGAGAACUUCCACCCGAAACAUCAGCAGCGAAGAAAAGGCUUCGUGGACUCGACCAGAGAAGCAAGAGACUCUGGACGGGCACAUGGUGGUGCGCAGCCACGCCCGCGUGUCGUCCCUGACCCUGAAGAGCAUCCAGUACACAGACGCCGGAGAAUACAUCUGCACCGCCAGCAACACCAUCGGCCAGGACUCGCGGUCCAUGUACCUCGAAGUGCAAUAUGCCCCCAAGCUGCAGGGCCCCGUGGCUGUGUACACGUGGGAAGGGAACCAGGUGAACAUCACCUGCGAGGUGUUUGCCUACCCCAGUGCCACAAUCUCGUGGUUCCGAGACGGUCAGCUGCUGCCAAGCUCCAACUACAGCAACAUCAAGAUCUAUAACACGCCCUCCGCCAGCUACCUGGAGGUAACGCCGGACUCUGAAAAUGAUUUUGGAAACUACAACUGCUCUGCGGUGAACCGCAUUGGACAGGAGUCCCUGGAAUUCAUCCUGGUCCAAGCAGACACCCCGUCUUCACCCUCCAUCGACCAGGUGGAGCCGUACUCUAGCACAGCACAGGUGCAGUUCGAUGAGCCAGAGGCCACGGGCGGGGUGCCCAUCCUCAAGUACAAGGCGGAGUGGAGAGCUGCAGGCGAGGAGAUGUGGCACUUCAAGUGGUACGAUGCCAAGGAAGCCAGCAUGGAGGGCAUUGUCACGAUCAUGGGCCUGAAGCCCGAGACGACGUACGCGGUGCGGCUGGCAGCCCUCAACGGCAAGGGUCUGGGCGAGAUCAGCCCAGCCUCCGAGUUCAAGACCCAGCCAGUCCAAGGGGAACCCAGCGCGCCUAAGCUCGAAGGCCAGAUGGGAGAGGACGGCAACUCCAUCAAAGUGAAUCUGAUCAAGCAGGAUGACGGCGGCUCCCCCAUCAGACACUACCUGGUCAAGUACCGCACGAAGCUCUCCUCCGAGUGGAAACCAGAGAUCAGGCUCCCGUCGGGCAGCGACCACAUCAUGCUCAAGUCUCUGGACUGGAACGCGGAGUACGAGGUCUACGUGGUGGCUGAGAACCAGCAGGGGAAGUCCAAGGCGGCUCGUUUUGUGUUCAGGACCUCGGCCCAGCCCACAGCCAUCCCAGCCAACGGCAGCCCCACCGCAGGCCUGAGCACCGGGGCCAUCGUGGGCAUCCUCAUUGUCAUCUUCGUGCUGCUCCUGGUGGUGGUCGACAUCACCUGUUACUUCCUGAACAAGUGUGGCCUGCUCAUGUGCAUCGCGGUCAGCCUGUGCGGGAAGGCCGGGCCCGGAGCCAAGGGCCAGGACAUGGAGGAGGGCAAAGCCGCCUUCUCGAAAGAUGAGUCCAAGGAGCCCAUCGUGGAGGUGCGGACUGAGGAGGAGCGGACCCCAAAUCACGACGGAGGGAAGCACACCGAGCCCAAUGAGACCACGCCGCUGACAGAGCCCGAGCUGCCUGCUGACACCACAGCCACUGUUGAGGACAUGCUGCCUUCUGUCACCACCGUCACCGCUAACUCUGACACUGUCACCGAAACCUUUGCCACUGCUCAGAACAGCCCCACCAGUGAAACCACCACCCUGACCUCCAGUAUUGCCCCCCCAGCCAUGGCCACUCCUGAUUCAAACUCUGUGCCCACCAGCCAGGCCACCCCUUCCAAGGGGCCGGGUGUCACCACCUCCUCCCCACCCCCAGCUUCAGCCCCCAAGGUGGCCCCCCUUGUGGACCUGAGCGACACCCCAACCUCAGCCCCUGCUGCCAGCAGUUUGUCUUCUAGUGUCCUGGCUAACCAGGGGGCCGUGCUCAGCCCAAGCGCCCCCGCCAGUGUGGGGGAGGCCUCCAAGGCCUCUCCGGGGAGCAAGCCAGCCCCUGCUCCAGCCCCCGUCUCGGCCGGGGCAGCCGGUCCCCUAGCAGCAGCGACUGCCCCUGCCACAGAAGCCCCCCAGGCCAAGCAGGAGGCUCCCAGCACCAAAGGCCCGGACCCAGAGCCCACCCAGCCUGGCACCGCGAAGAGCCCGAGCGAGGCGGCCACGGCCCUCACUGACCCGGAGAGCGAGGCUGCCCCCGUCACCGCCACAAACCCUGCCCAGGGCGAGGACUUUAAAAUGGACGAAGGGAACUUCAAGACCCCAGAUAUUGACCUUGCAAAGGAUGUUUUUGCAGCCCUGGGCUCUCCUGCUCCCGCCGCUGGGGCCAGUGGACAAGCCCCUGAGCUUGCUCCUCCCACUGCAGAAAGCUCAGUGUCGCCUGCACCAGCCAAGACCGAGAAGCGCCCCGUGGACGCCAAGUCCGAGUGCCCGGCCACAGACACGAAGCCAGCGCCAGCCGAAGUCAAGACGGGCGCCAGUGACGCCACACAGACAAAGGAGAACGAGAGCAAAGCAUGAUGGGUGGCGAGAGACGAGCAAAGAUCAAAAUCGAAAGUGACACACAGCUUCACCAGAGCAUUUCCAGAUCACACACGCGCACACACGCACACGCACACACAUCCCAUUCCUCUAGUGUCUUUUGCCUUUAAAAAAAACUAAACGGAUAAACGUGGGAUCUCCUUUUUUAGGUUUAUAGAAAGGGUUCCUUGUUGCGCACUCACUUGUAAGAAAACGAGACAAAAAGGUUAAACCCACAGCCAAACAAGGACACUCCGUUCCCUGAAACCACUUAAAAAUCAAACAAAAGGACCCCAAAUUAAGAAUCUAGGAAGCUCAGAAAAAAACAUCUAGGUGGAGGAAGACCUACUUGGUGUCGCCCAAUGGGCACACACCAGUUUCAGAGAAGUACUUCCAGGCACUAAGACUAACCGAAUGAACAAAGGUCCGAGUUUAUUUUUAUACUUUCAGUCAAGUUUGAACUCUGUACAACCUCAUAAAUAAGUUAUACUUUCUGUUCACUUUGUAUUUGUUCAGUAUGCAAAGUGUGUCACCCUUCCUAGCUGAAUCCAAUUCCCAGUAGACUCCUGUUUGUAGGAAGAAUGCCAAACUGCAGCUUCUGGGGGUAGAUCUCAAUUUGCAGUAUUCAGACUUUUUUCCUUUCCUUUUUUUUUCUUUUUUUUUUCCUUUCUGCCAACUUUGCUUUCCAGUGUUUACAAGUUGACAAAUGUUUAACUUCGAUUGUGUUUAAAAGUCCAUGUAAAAUAGCUGUCUCUUUUUUUUCUUUUUUAAGUUACAAAAACCGCCUGGGGUGGGUGGGAUCAUCACGGGCCGGCUUUAGCACGGACCGCUUCGCACGGUGCGGCUGUUUACAGUGGCUCCCCCUUCUGAUGGGAAGUUUUCGCCUGCAUCCACCUCGGGUGAAAACCCAUCUCAUGCAGACUGGUUUUGAUUUUUGGUUCUCGGUUCUUUUUCGUGUUUCCCUGGGGGUUAGACCACUUUCUGAUUAGCCGCCACCUGCCUGUAUCCGUGAAAAAGGACCUGCUCCCGGCUUCCCGUCCUUCUCCCGGAGGACGCCUUAGGCUUUAUUGAAUGAAGCAGAGAUUGUAUAGUUGGGCUGGUCUUGGUGAACACACAUUUUUACCCCAAACAUCCCCUUUUUGUAGAAAGCCAAAUAAAAUAUAUACAUACAAUUUCCUUUUGGGCCCAGAAUCGAGAUUUGAGCGGAAGAGCGUGUGUGCUUCGGGGAAUUAGUGUCUUUUUUUGGAAAUCUGUUGAAGUAAAGUAACAUCAGCCUUCUGUUCACUUAGGCAGCAUUUGUAGAAACAAAGGAAAAAAACAACAACAACCCUCCUGUCUGGAGUCAUAACACAACUUUCCUGGACUGGAAACAAAGUGGGGAAAAUACAGAAACUUUAAGGGGAUGGGAGGGGGGAGAAGGGAAAAGCCAGCCCUUUGUAUAGACAUUUUGCUUUUUUUCCCCUCAUUCUACUUUAGAACUGCAAGCUUGUGCACUGUGGAUGCGUGACUAUUUUAGUGUGAAACGUGUUUUUGUCAUAGUAUUGAAAUAAAACUUCAACAUAGUUUGGUUGUGGAAGGUAUAGCAGAUAGUUCAGAAAAGAUAUUCAGGAAACGAAAAUUACUCGUAAAAGGAAUUGAAGCCUUUAAACCAAGAAAAUGAAUAAAAAUGAUUAUGCUGAUGAAGAUGAAGAUGACGCUAAGUAAACAGAAAUCAGGACUCAGCACGUGCUCCUUUUCGGAGGUACAACCAGUGAGAGGUGAGGGUGGCGAGACCACCCGAGUCGUUCUGCGGGCCACACCCCCAGGUUCUGACACUUCUGCGGUCUGAUCUGUGGCGAUAUGCUAGAUUGUCAUUUCAAACUGUGAAAAAUUAUGGUCUUGUCAUUUGCUCAGUGUGGGGUUAUUUUGCAUUUUCUCAUCUCCUGGGGAUGGAAAUGGGGUCCCAGGCCGCAGUGCACUGGCCCCUUGAUUCUAGGGCCUGCGCACAUCUAUGGGUCAAAGGUACAGGCCUACAGGAGCAAGUACCUGGAAGACAGCUCUUUGAGCACACGGCAGAGUGGGAGCCCCUGGGUGUCCGACGGGAGGGUUCAGCAGGGACUGGUGGUGGGCUCUUCCUGUCACCAGGUUGUCUGUGGGACCAGUACUGUACCUUGUGAUGCUCAUGGCUUUGACCACCUGGGCCAAGCCCACUCUGAAUCUCCUGGAGACUGCAUUUCAUCCCGAGCAUUUGUGGUUGAUGUUUGUUCUAAUGAUUAGGAAGAGAAAGAGGUACAGUCAACCCACAGAUAACCUGGCCCAGGACGGCUGACUGCCUCCCUCCGCCCAGAACCCAUGAGUUGGAACCCAACACUGCCCACUUUGGUUAGCUUCUCUCCCGGUAUACAUAGAUUUGUCUUCUGCAUGCGUGAGCUUUCCUUUCCUUAAACAAAUAAAAUAACAGAGCGAUGCUUUCUCUAAGAUCAAAGAGGGAGUCACUUUAUUUUCAAGAUGUUCUAUCUUUUAUUUUAAGAGAUAAAAGCUUAUAGUUUUCCUUUUUAAAUUUUUUGAAGGGGGCAUCGAUGCUGCCUGUUUCCAAUGUCUGUGUGUCUCUAUGUGUACGUGCGUACAUGUGUAUUCACAGGAACGCCGGCAUGGCCGAGUUCCGCUGGUGGGCACUCAUGUGCCACGCCCGGGCUCCGCGCCCGAUGGGCCGCCGUGUACAUAGUGCAGCUUUGGAAGUGGACCUCUAUUUUCACACUUUUGUAUGGAGCCUUCCAAGUCCCAGGUUUUCACUCGAGGCUGUCUGUCUGGAUGGUGGUUUUCAGACCUCCAUUGACAUCCCUCCCCAGCAUUCCCAACUUCGGGGGCCUUCUCUCUUGUUACAAACUUUUUACCAAGUGAAACAUCGAGACCACCUUUGUUUCCAUUCUCCCUGGUGUAAAUACUGAGUACUAACUGAGAAUUUUGACUUUGCAUUCUGUCGGAAUACUUGUGUUCAAUAAAA